CAAAAAAGGAAUAGGUCACAACGACAAGAAGAGCUAGAAGUUUCGAUUAUGCAAACCUCUACAUAGGUCACUGCAUCACUGAAUCGGUAGGCUUAUGAUAACUUUUUUUAUUUCAAUUAAAAACGCGUGCAUUUGGUAGUGAAUGUUUGGUUUACAACUAAAAAUUGGCUAGCCAAUAUUUUGGCAAGGCAACAUUUAGUAAAUCAAAAUUUACCAAAAUUUAGCAAUUAUUCAUAAGCUCGGUGAUUUUUUUUUUGCCCAAACAAUGGAAUGCCACCUUUGCAUCAAAUUAAGCAGGCCAUUACUACCUAUAAUUAAAGGCACAUCUGUAUAAUAUAAAUAAAUUUCUUAGAGUUACAUUCUGGAUGGAAUAAUAUGUCCACUCUGAAAAUUUGGACAUAAACCCAUGUACACACACGGUCAAACUAUGUACUACCAUCCACUCGGGAAAAAAAACACUAAAUGCUAGCAGUAUGCUUGGGAAAUACCCCUUGGAUCCUGGGUGUCUAUACACCUUAUAUGAGAACUUUUUUUUUUACAAAAAGGUCAAAAAAGUUUUAAAGUUUUUUUUGGGAUAAAUUUGACUUCUUGUUUACAGCAGUAUAUGAAUUUUCAUGAAUAAAAACCCAGUGUUGGCUCCAGGGUAAAAAUACAAAAAAUAUUUGUUGUUAUAAGUCACUAUUCACACUAUUUUAACCAAAAAAUUUGGCUUUUUUUAAAAAGAAGUACCGUGUUUUUUCUUUUUUGGCUUUUUACAAGUACAAUGAAAGAUCAAGUUUAUUUUGAAAAUAUUUUCAGAAUUUUUGAUUUUUUAUUUACUUCCUACUUUUUUCCAUAUAAAGUGUAUGUACACACAUAUACCAAACAUCCGCGUCUCAGUAUGCUCCUAUUAUAUCACGCGUUUCCUCCAGUAUAUAUCUCCCGCGCAACUGAUCCCACGCAGCGCAGCCACACACGCUGAACCAUCACAACUCUCAUUCCUUGCACUCUGGCUUCGCCUUUAUCCUUUCUCUGACUCUCUUCGGCAUGGGGAACUUGGCGUCCUGCACGCUGGCCAUGAUCCCCAGGGCGGCCAAGGACGUCAGGAUCGUGCUCCCCGAUGGCGGGCUGAGGCUGGUCAGGCCCCCGGCGACGGCGGCGGAGCUGAUGCUCGAGGCGCCGGGCCAUUUCCUGGCCGACGCGCGCACGCUGCAGGCGGGGCGCCGGAUCGAGGCGCUUGCGGCUGACGAGGACCUCGAGCUCGGGGGAGUCUACGCCGCAUUCCCCAUGAAGCGGCUUGGCUCCAAGGCCGUGCCCGCCGACGUUUUCGCCAGCGAGGCUCAUGCCCGGAGGCCCGCUUCGGCCAAGGUGGCGGACAUCGUCGUGGCGCCUACAGGGGUGGCUUCCGUUGCCGCCGAGGAGGACAUCCCACCGGUCAGGACGCCGCGGUUGGAUGAGAUGGCCGUGGACAACGAGGCGGUUGCGGCAGAGAUCGAAGAGCUCAAUCAACGGAUAAGCGGCGGUCGCUUGUCGAGGCGGCGGCCCACGUUGGAGACUAUACACGAAGAGAUGGCAAAGGCCUUCUCUCGUAUUUUCCGUUAUUUUUGAUCAUGUGUAAAAUUUGCCGCCUCCUUUUUCAUGUAUUUUAAGAAAAAGGGUUUCCCCCGCUUUAGAUUAUAAAGCAACGUCCAAGCGAUA